UAAGAUAGCAAAAAUGAAAGCAAAAGAAGGAAGAGAGAAGGAGAUGAUGCCCUAAAUCUCAGGGAGUAAUUAUAGUCACAAAAUUCAAAGGCUUCCGUCAUAAACUUAAUUUAAAUUAAAUGUUAUCAAAAUUCCUAUAUAAAAUAAACCAAAGUGGCACGUAAAGGCACCAAGUAUCAAAUAUGGGAUGUAAAAUGUAUGAAAGAAGGACAACGGCUGUUCAUGAGAAGUUUAGACACUAAGGGUUCUAUCAACAUUUUCAAAGAAAGAAAACAUGCUAUGGACGUGAUGGUAGAUGGCUGCCGCGCUACACAGAUACAGAAAUUGCUCCGCGAUAGAGAUAUCCCGUUUGAAGUAGGUGAAAGAAUCGGUCCAAUUAACAGGAGUCCAGUCAGUUUUAAUGAAACGAAGCCAAAGUCUCCGAAAAAUUUAAUCGAUUGGAGAAAUUUUUAUCCACUUCGCAAUAUUUAUUACUUCAUGGAAAAUCUAGAAGUUCGGUAUCCGUCAACGUGCACUGUUACUUCUAUCGGUCAGACGGUGGAAGGAAGAGAUAUAAAGAUGUUGAAAAUUUCCAAUAGUAAUGCUGGCAACACUGGCGUUUGGAUUGAUGGUGGUAUACAUGCGCGUGAAUGGAUAGCUCCUUCUGUGGUAACAUUUAUUGCUGACCAACUUGCCAGGAAUAUGGACAAUCUCCCCGAAAAUAUAACUAACAAGGAUUGGUAUUUACUUCCUGUUGUGAAUCCGGAUGGCUAUCUUUAUUCUCAUACGAGCGAUCGUAUGUGGCGAAAAAACAGAGCUCGUACAGGAAAUAUGAUUUGUGGCGUCGAUCUUAACCGUAAUUUUGGAUAUCACUGGUUUCCAAAAGACGAUUGCCACAGAGAUGAUCCAGCCCAUAUGAACUAUCGUGGUCCUGAACCAUUUUCGGAGCCAGAAACUGCAGCGAUUAAGGAUAUAAUUUUAUAUUCAGGCGUACCAUUCAAGAUAUUUUUAACAUUGCAUGCAUAUAGCGAAGUAGUAACUUUUCCCUGGUGCUUCACAUCGGACCCUUGUGCUGAUUACGUUAACUUAUUAGAGGGUGCAACAGCUAUGGCCAAAGCCAUCUACGACGUAAAUGGUCGUACGUACAAAGUCGGUAAUUUCAAGGACAUAAUGUACAACGCAACUGGGACAAGUAUCGAUUGGAGCUAUGGAACAGCGCGGAUACCUUUCUCUUACCUCGUCGAAUUGAGGAGCAAACAGUACAAGUUUCUUUUACCCAAGGAAGAGAUAUUGGACUGUUGUAAGGAAAUAUUUGCAGGUGUGAGGGCUUUAGCGGAAUUUGUGGACAAAAAGAAAUGUUUAAAUUGUAGUAUGUUUUUUAAUAAAAAGUGUCUAUAA